AUGGCCGGGGCGGCGCGGAGCGGCGGGGGGCGGCGGGGGGCAGCGCUGACGGCGGUGCGCAGCGAGGACGGGACCCCCCCUCCCAGCGCUCCCCUCAACCGUCGGGGGGGACCGACGGCUCCGCGCCCCGCGGCCGCCUCCCGCCCCGCUGGGACCGCGCGCAGCUGCCGCCGCCGACUGCAGAACUGCCUCUACAACGUGCUGGAGCGGCCCCGCGGGUGGGCCUUCGUGUACCACGCCUUCAUAUUCCUGCUCGUCUUCAGCUGCCUGGUGCUCUCCGUUUUCUCCACCAUCCAGGAGCACCAGAAGUUGGCCAACCAGUGCCUCUUCAUCCUGGAGUUUGUCAUGAUCGUGGUGUUCGGGAUGGAGUACGUCAUCCGCGUCUGGGCGGCCGGCUGCUGCUGCCGCUACCGGGGCUGGCGGGGCCGCUUGCGCUUCGCCCGGAAACCUUUCUGUGUGAUAGAUUUCAUCGUCUUCAUCGCCUCCGUGGCCGUCAUCGCGGCCGGCACGCAGGGCAACAUCUUCGCCACCUCUGCGCUGCGCAGCAUGCGCUUCCUGCAGAUCCUGCGCAUGGUGCGCAUGGACCGCCGCGGCGGCACCUGGAAGCUGCUGGGCUCCGUGGUUUACGCGCACAGCAAGGAGCUGAUCACCGCGUGGUACAUCGGCUUCCUGGUGCUCAUCUUCGCCUCCUUCCUCGUCUACCUGGCCGAGAAGGACACCAACGGCGAGUUCGCCACCUACGCUGAUUCCCUGUGGUGGGGCACGGUGACGCUGACCACCAUUGGUUACGGGGACAAAACGCCGCAGACGUGGCUGGGACGGAUGCUGGCAGCCGGGUUUGCUCUGCUCGGCAUCUCCUUCUUUGCGCUGCCUGCAGGUAUCCUGGGCUCUGGUUUCGCCCUCAAGGUGCAGGAGCAGCACCGGCAGAAGCACUUCGAGAAGAGGAGGACCCCAGCAGCAAACCUGAUCCAGGCAGCCUGGCGGCUGUACUCCACAGAUGCCAGCCGGGGGUACCUGACGGCCACGUGGUGCUACUACGACAGCCUGCUGCCCUCCUUCAGAGAGCUGCUCCUAAUGUUUGAGCACUUGCACCGAGCCCGCAACGGAGGAUUUAGGAAUUCAGAGGUGAAAAAAUGGCCUGACGGAGCCCCGCCGCCGUAUCAGCCCUUCUUCACCUCUGGCCAGAAAAGCCCCAUCCCCGCCGCGUGUGCCGGGGACAGCACCAAGAUGGGCAUCAAGGAGCGCAUCCGCCUGGGCUCCCCGCAGCGCCUGGGCAGCCGCGGCCGCCUGCACCUGGCCCCCCCCCUGCACCGCUCCCCCAGCACCGAGGCCGUCCCCGAAGCCCCCAGCCCCAGCAAGGUGCACAAGAGCUGGAGCUUCAACGACCGCACGCGCUUCCGUGCAUCGCUGCGGCUCAAACCGCGGCUGCAACCUGAGGCAGAAUGCCCACCAGAGGACAGCGGCGAGGAGAAGGGCUCCCACUGCGACCUGACCUUCGAGGACAUCAUGCCAGCAGUGAAGACCCUGAUCCGUGCUGUGCGGAUCCUCAAGUUCCUGGUGGCCAAGAGGAAGUUCAAGGAGACCCUGCGGCCCUACGACGUGAAGGACGUCAUUGAGCAGUACUCAGCCGGGCACCUGGACAUGCUGGGCAGGAUCAAGAGCCUGCAGACACGCGUGGACCAGAUUGUGGGCAGGGGGGGCCCCGCUGCUGACAAGAAGAUCCGGGAGAAGGGGGAGAAGGCAGUGCUGGAUGCAGAGCUGGUGGAUGAGCUGAGCAUGAUGGGCCGUGUGGUCAAAGUGGAGCGGCAGGUGCAGUCCAUUGAGCACAAGCUGGACCUGCUGCUCGGCCUCUACUCGCAGUGCCUGCGCAAAGGCUCGGCCAACUCCUUCAGCCUGGCCGCCGUGCCGCUGCCCCGCGAGCCCGACAUCACGUCGGAUUACCACAGCCCUGUGGAGCACGAGGACGUGUCGGCGUCAGCCCAGACGCUGAGCAUCUCCAGGUCGGGCAGCGCCAACAUGGACUGAGCGGGGGGAUGGGGCCGCAGGGAUGGGCUCCGGCCGUGGGGGGACAUGGGGACGUGGGGAGCCCUGGCCCCACUGAGCUGCGUCCCUCUCUGCGUUACUUGAACUCAGCGUCCUCACAGCUGGGCAGCAGAGGUGCUCUGUGCUGAGCGCUGUGGUGGGGAUGGGGGGCAGCGGCAGUGCUGCGGUGGCUGUUUUCUCCAGGGGGGGUUGAGAGCCCCCAGCCCAGGGUGGGUGUCCACCUCCCCAUGGGGGUCCUGCACGUCCCAGAGCCGCGCUGGGACCGGCACAGCUAUGCAAGGCUCCGGCUCCGGAGCUGAGCCCUUGGGCACAACCCCAUGGGGUCUCAUCGGGGUGGGGGGGGGGUUGCCCCCAUCGCCCUCCUCUGCCAGGGUUCCCCCCGCUCACGGGGCUGUGGCUGCACCUCCACAAGUGCAGCAGAACCUUCUGCCCCUGCAUGCUCCCAGGGCAGCAUCUAUCCGUAUAUGUAAGAGACAGAUAUGCAAUAAUGUCUUAAUUAUGCAACACCCCCGGGAGCAGCCGCCCGGGGGACCAACGUAGGCAAUAAGAACCUCCUGCCAGCACGCGGGGCGGCGUCCUGCUCUGCAGGGGGCUCAGACCCCCCCGGAGGGCGGCCCCGAGGCUGUGGGGCCGGGCAGGAGGAACCAGGAUCAUCCCUUCCUGCCCCCGCUGGAGGACUGACUCCUUCCCUGCUUGUCCCUGGCCCCUGGGGGUGACUGCGGGUGGGGACGGCGCGGCGGCGCCCUUUGCACGCUGCUUGCACCAGGGCUGCUUUCCAGUCCCCCACCGCAGUAGUGCCAAAAUUUGUUGGUACCCCUCGGGGGGGGGGCCUCGUGGGACCCCCUUUUGCCUUGGAAUCGUGGGGGAUCCCAACCCCACUCUGCUGCUGCUCCCAGCAGGGCUGUGCCCUGGGAUGCCCCCAGCUCCUCCUUUCCCUCCGUAGUGCAUGCGAACAGCAUGGGCUGUGCUCGCAGCCCCCCGGGCUGUGCCGUGGGGCCGGGGGUGCCCAGGGGGUGAUGCACAGCUGUGGGUACCCGGCCCUGGAAUGAGGGUGCAUGUGACAGCUUCACCCCCAGCCCCGCUCAGUCCUUAACCCGUAGGGCUCCUCCCCGGGGCUGGCUGGGCCCCUCAGUCCCUCUUUUUCCCCCCCAGCCGCCCGUAGUUACCUCACUUUAUUAACUUAUUAACUUAUUUCUUUCAUUAAACUUUGAAGUAGACGCCGCCUGCUCGCCUGGUUUCUGCCCCCGCUCU